AUGGUUUUGAGGUUAUGUUUAAACGUCUAUGGCGACAAGAAGAAUAGAAAUGUUUUGAAGAAACGGGCCUUGGCCGAAUACAGCCAAACAAUCCAAGAAACAGCGGUCGCUCCUUUGAAGAAGCUGCGGCUCGUCAAGAAAUCAGAAUCGCCCACAAACAACUUCCUAAACGUACUCAACCUUUUAGACUAUUGCAAGACCAGUCGGGACGUUCUCAAGCUCCUUCUUCAAGCGUCCGAGACCGACUUGAAUCCCAGCGAAGCCCCGGACGCCGUGAAGAAGCUCAGCGAGCACUUCAAAAACGAGAAAGAAUCCUCCGUACGAGUGAAGAUUUUGUCGCUGCUAAGCGAAAUCGGCAUCGAAAAUACAUCCGAAAUUAUCACGAUCGUAGAAGAAACCAUAUCGUUGAUAAAAAACGAUAGCUCGCACAAAGUAAUCGCCCAAGGCAUGAACACCAUAUUGAAGCUCGGCAAGUUACUCGCAGACCCUCCGGCCACGUUCCACGCCAAACUGGUAGAAGUAGCCAAAUUGUAUCUAAAAGACACCAAUCAUUCGGUCAAAUGCAAAUGCUUGGAGAUAAUCGGUGCCUACUCCCCGCACACCGACAACGAACACACGGAAAAACUCGUGCAACUGAUCCAAUCGUACUUCAACCACGACGACGCUAGAGUGCGCUGCCAAGCGUUCAAAACCAUCGUCGCCCUGCACGAGCGCCGCUUCAAAAUCAACCCCAACAUCUACGUGGACGUCUGCGAGGCGUCCAAGGACGACUACGAGAUCGUGCGGCACGUCGUCCUGCAGCUCAUCUGGCACUUGGGCAACCUCUACCCGGAGAACGAGAUCCUGGUGGCCGACAGCGAUCACGAGAUCCGAUUGAUCGACGACGCCUUCGGCAAGAUCUGCAACGGCGUCACGGAUCUGUCGAUGAACGUGCGAAAGCUCGCCGUGGAGCUGCUGGGCUCGAUGAAAUCGGUGAGCCCGAAGUUCCUCUGCCAGACGCUCGACAAGAAGCUCAUGUCGAACAUGAGGCGCAAGAGAACCGCCCACGAGCUGGCCUGGGAGAACGUGGUGAGCGGCGAAUGGGCCAGCGGCAAAAAAUGGGCGGACGACGCCCCGAAGGAGGUGCUCGACGCCGACAGCAUCAGCUUGAUGAGCAGCGGCGCUUGCGGGGCGUUCGUGCACGGGUUGGAAGACGAGUUUCUGGAAGUGCGAUCGGCCGCCGUGGAGUCCUUGUGCCAGUUGUCCAUCAGCAACCAGCAUUUCGCCAACUUGGCUUUGGAUUUUUUGGUGGAUAUGUUCAACGAUGAGAUCGAAGACGUCCGGUUGAAGGCCAUCGACAGUUUGAGGCGGAUAUCCGAGCAUAUUAUCCUGAGAGACGAUCAACUGGAAACGAUCUUGGGAGCGCUGGAGGAUUUCUGCCAGGAGGUGAGGGAGAGUUUGCAUCGAAUGUUGGCCUCUUGUAAAAUGUCGACGUCCGCCGGACUAAAAAUGUGCGUGGAAAAACUGCUGGAAAAUUUGAAUCGCUACCCGCAAGACAAACGAUCCACCUACAGGUGUUUGCAGAGAAUCGGCUCGCAACAUCCGGAACUGGUGCUGCCUCUCGUGCCGCAAUUUCUCAACAUACAUCCGUUCUUCGAUACUGCCGAACCGGACGUCGAUAAUCCCCAGUACGUUUGCUUGUUGAUACUAAUACUGAACGCCGCGCAGCAUUCCUUAACUAUUAUACAGCUACUCGAGCCUCACACGCUCCGACACUACCUUUACUUGCGGGACACUUUAUCCCAGUACGUGCCGGUUUUGAAUUUGUCCGAUUCGAAUUUGCAUUCCGUAUCGCGACCGAUGUCCGUACCAGAAAGUUUAAAUUUCCUAAAUAACGUUAUAAGUAAUUUAGAUUUAGCCGAGAGCAACGUGAGAGUGCACGAGUCUCUACUGGAAACCGCCAGAGAGCAUCUAAACAGAUUGAGCGAAAUGGACUCGACAGUGGCGGGCACGGCGCAAUUCACCGCCCUGUUCAUAUCCGCCCACUUGGAGAUAUUCCAAAUAUUGGAGAAGGGAUUCUGGGCGAAUCCGAGCACUCUAGCCACGCAGCAAUCGUACAACCUGAAGAUCAGCAUACAAAACCUGCUGCAGCUCUGCCUGAAGCUGCAGUACCUGUUCGUGGGCCUCGGCCCGAGCGAGCAGUGCGCCGUCAAGCAGCUGCGCCUGCAGGCGCUCGCCCUCAACCUGGUGUACGUGGUGAAGGGCAGCAACGCCUCGGCGCUGGCGCCCUGCCACCAUUUCCUCACCGUCGUCGAGGACAUGCAGAAGGAGCUCGCCCAGGCGGGCAUCGCGCCGAACCACUUCACCGGCUCGGUGUUCGCCGAGCUGGCGCAGCUCGAGGAGCCCAAGCCGGGCACCGUCGCCAGGAUUCUGAUACCGGUCCUGUGCGAGGCGAAGGUGCGGAAGAUACCGACGCCGAACGUCAACGUGCGCAUGAGCUCGGCGCUGAUACUGGAGCCGAGCAAUCGCACGGACACGUCGCUGAAGUUCACGGCCGGUCUGAUCAUGUCGGUGCCGUUCGAGGCGGAGCUGCGCCAUCUGAUCGAUCCGGGGAGGGUGCGAUUGAAGAUCAAGUAUCCGGAUCAACGGACGCAGAUCGUGCUGCCGCGUCCCGCGCACUUGAAGCCGUUGUACUACGAUGGGGCGGAGAAGGACAACGAGAUCGGGCACAAUGUCAGGCUGCUCACGUCGGUGCUGGUUUCGCAUCAGGUUUGGUCGGAGGCGUGCGACGUGGAGAUCAACGUGUCGUUGGCGAUACCCGAGGCGGAUAUCGGAAAGAGGAAAAUCCUCGGCGAAUCCACGCCGACUUUGUUGGAUUUGUGCAAACCUAUCAAGGUUAGCGUCGCGCCGAAACCUAUCAAGAAAACUUUGUAA